GUCCGGUCGCAAAGACUGUUACGUGAGUUGGUGGGUUGGUGGGUUGGCGGGUGGCGGUGGGGGGGCCGCUCGGGAUCAGAUUUCAAGACCGGCUUGGCCGAGACCUCUCCUCCCCGGCGUGGCUCCGAGUGUUUAUUACAAUGGAAGAAAUCAAUAAUUUCAAGACACCAAGCAAAUUAUCAGAAAAAAAGAAAUCUGCAUUAUGUUCAACUCCAUGUAUAAAUAUUCCUGCCUCUCCAUUUAUGCAGAAGCUUGGCUUUGGUACUGGGGUAAAUGUGUACCUUAUGAAAAGAUCUCCAAGAGGCUUGUCUCAUUCUCCUUGGGCUGUGAAAAAGAUUAACCCUAAAUGUAAUGAUCAUUACCAAAGUAUGUAUCAAAAGAGAUUAAUAGAUGAAGCUAAGAUUUUGAAAAACCUCCAUCACCCAAACAUUGUAGGUUAUCGUGCCUUCACUGAAGCCAGUGAUGGUAGUCUAUGUCUUGCUAUGGAAUAUGGAGGUGAAAAGUCUCUAAAUGACUUAAUAGAAGAACGAAAUAAAGACAGCCAAGAUCCUUUUCCAGCAGCCGUAAUUUUAAAAGUUGCUUUGAACAUGGCAAGAGGGUUAAAGUAUCUACACCAAGAAAAGAAACUGCUUCAUGGAGACAUAAAGUCUUCAAAUGUUGUAAUUAAAGGUGAUUUUGAAACAAUUAAAAUCUGUGAUGUAGGAGUCUCUCUGCCACUUGAUGAAAAUAUGACUGUGACUGAUCCUGAGGCCUGUUACAUUGGCACCGAGCCUUGGAAACCCAAGGAAGCUUUGGAAGAGAAUGGCAUUAUUACUGACAAGGCAGACAUAUUUGCCUUUGGCCUGACUCUGUGGGAAAUGAUGACUUUGUCUAUUCCACACAUUAAUCUUCCAGAUGAUGAUGAUGAUGAUGAAGAUAAAACUUUUGAUGAAAGCGACUUUGAUGAUGAAGCAUACUAUGCAGCUUUGGGGACGAGGCCACCUGUUAAUAUGGAAGAACUGGAUGAAACGUACCAGAAAGUAAUUGAACUUUUCUCUGUAUGCACUAACGAAGAUCCUAAAGAUCGUCCUUCUGCCGCACACAUCGUGGAAGCUUUGGAAAUAGAUGUCCAGUGAUCCCCGCAUAUUCAUGACUACUGCCUUUACGUGUGGCUCAUGUAUAGAACUGUUCUGUUUAAUACACUAUAGAGUUACUAUGAUAAGCUGUAAUUCUUAGACUUUUUGGAAGUGACCCACUUUAGGACCACAGCGCUUAGUUAACAUUUAAACAGUUGUAUUUGUUAAUAUGCUUCUGAUGAUAAGCAUUUGAGAUUAUAGGUUUUCUUUUUUUUUUUUUUUUGAGAUUAUAGGUUUUCUAUUAAGUUCAGGAAACUAGCUACUUAUGUAUUUGAACGUUUAUAUAUAUAUAUAUAUAUAUAUAAAACACUAGCAGUAAUACAAUGCUAUAAACUCUAUGCCUAACAUUAAUUUGGAUCGAGUGACCCAUCACUUUUACUGUUUCUCAAAUAUUAUCUUAAUGAUCUAUUGAAAUUAGCACUUUAUGCCAUACAAAAAGAAGUCUACACGUUUGCUUAUCUUUUAAGCCAUUUAACUUUUUCCUGGCCUUUUUUGGCUGAUGUGCUUAUUAUUAAAUAUGGUCACCAGAAGCUGAGAGAAUAUGGCUCACAAGACUAGCUUCCCUGGGUAUUUAGAUGUUUUUGGUUAAGGCUUAUCUUGCUCUCUCCAUUCUCCCCAGGUCUUUGGCUUUCACUUUAUUAGAUGUAUUUUCUGUUUUGAAAUAUUUUUUUUAUUUAGUAAUCUAUAUAUUAAGCAUUUUGUAGUUCUGGCAUAAAAAUAAAAUCCUAGUAGGAUGAUAUAGAAUAAAGGAGACUUCAGUUACCAGAA